AUGAGCUACCGAGGAGGAGGACUCCCCUACGGAGGACGCGCGCCCGUCAGCUACGACGACGUCGACUCGUCUCGCGACUCACGGACUCCUGGCGACCGCAACGGCUACGGCGCGGGAGGACGCGGCGGGUACGACAGGGACUACAGGGGUGGAGGACGAGGCUACGACCGUGACUACGAGCGGGACCGGGGCGGAGGGUACCGCGGAGGAGGCUACGAACGGCGGAGGAGCAGGAGUCCAGUCAGGCGGGACGGGGACGGCGGGCGUGGUGGCAGGCCCAGGGCGUACGACUACGACGACGAUUACAGCAGACGGGAUCGUGGCGGCUACCGAUCUCGCUCUCCUCCACCACGCUCUGGGCGCCGCCACACUCGCUCUCCUUCCAGUUCUCCGCCUCGACGACGACGCGACUCGCGCUCUCCGUCCCGAAGUCGUUCUCCCCGGUCGCGCUCUCCUCCUCCUGCUCCGCGCGACCGUAGGCGGGACGACGACCAAGACGAGCGGAAAGAGAAGCGCGCAGGGAAGGGGAAAGAGCCGGGUGUGGUCACGGCGGACGAUGCGGCUGAGGUCGAUGAGCAGGACAUCGCGGCAUUGAUGGGCUUCGGCGGGUUCGGCACAACGCAGGGCAAGGCGCACGAGGACGACAUUUCCGCUGUGAGCAAGCGGCAAGAACGGCACUAUCGUCAAUACAUGAACCGCAAGGGAGGUUUCAAUCGGCCGCUUGACAAGAUUCGCUGA